AUGCCUGGAGAAUCUCUCUCCAAGUCAAAUGGGCAGCUUGGUUCUGGUCCUUCGACUGUCUUGCCAACUGAGAUCUUAGCGGAGGUAUUUGAAUGUUGCUUGCCGAGUAGUUUGGAACGUUUGGAGACACCCCUCCAACGGCUGGCCCCACUAGUUCUCACAUGGGUCUGCAAAGCUUGGCGGGAUUUAUGUCUUUCGAUCCCAACUCUUUGGACAGACCUAGCAGUAGGACAUAGAGGGUCCGAUCCUGUGGGAGAUAUUCGCAUUUUGAAAAUUUGGCUCAGCCGGUCCAGGUAUCUUUCAAUUUCUUUAAAGCUGAACUAUGAAAUCGACGACGCACUGCGUCCAGUUCUCUUCAAUCAAGACAAGAACGAGAGAUAUGUGAAUGGAAUGUACCAGCUCCUCGGACUCGCGAUUCGCUGCAUUGAACGUUGGUCUACCUUUGAAAUACAUACACUUGACAUAUCUGUGCUAGACCAAGUAUUUCUGGCCAUUGUGACUCGUGGAUCUCCUUGGCUCGUGAAUCUCUCUUUCUCGACAAAAUACCUCGGCUUCUUCGGUGACGUGCACGUGCUUGACUUCUCGAAGUGUCCUUCGCUCAAGUCAAUCUGUCUUCGAAGUCCAAUGAUCUCCCCGGUAGCCCAAUCAGCAACGAUGAAGAACAUGACACGCCUCGAACUUCGGUUCUGUUCAUCCGUUGACGAUUGCCUGCGGUGGAUCGAUAUCUGCCCGGCACUUGAGCAGCUGAUCGUCCGUCUCUUCUGUAGCAACCCUGAACUCCUUGGACGAGAAAUCGAGUGGCUUCCUGAACAGAGGCCUCGCUGCAUCCCACGCCUCAAAGAACUGGAAGUGCACAAUUUCUCUAUUGAAGCGGACGCUGGUCCGUUAUUGGAUGUGCUUGAUGUCCCUGCGUUGACCAGUCUCAAGGUCAACAUGUAUGACAUGAUCGAUGCUCCAGGGCACUGGACGCAUGUUACAGAUCUUGUCCGCCGUUCGAGACCUCCAUUGGAGACACUGGAGCUCCAGGGUACUCCGAUGUCAAUCGAAGACAUCAUAAGAUGUCUCGACAUACUUCCUAGCAUAAAGCAGCUCAGUAUUGGCACCCGUCGACCUACAGAUGAGCUCAUAAAAGCAUUAUCUGUAGAUGCUCAACAAGAAGAAACUCCUCAUGAGUUAUCUACCGUAGCCUGUCUCUGCCCCUCACUCAAGGUCCUCGAUUUGGUGAACACAACCUGGUCACUAGAUCUUCUCGCGAAUUCUGUAUUCUCGCGAUGUAAUGGAAAGAGUACUGUGACAUUUCUGGAGGAGCUACGCCUUUCUUCCGAGAACAGCCGUAAUGUAAUGGAACAUCCAGCUUUCGUGCAAAGUCGGGCGAGAGGACUAAAAAUUGUCGAACGCGAGACGAAUCUCUUAAUUUCGGCAUUCACUUCACCUGAUGUCGUGUUUGUCUAG